AUGUCCAAAACGUUGAAGCGACCGGUGGCUGGCGAACGGCCCAGCUGUUACAUUCCCAAUCGGCUGGAGGAACGUCGGAUUAGGCACCGUACGUUGCGCCUGGAACGGCGCCGAAAGCCGGACAAACCGGACGAUUUCGUGACGUACGAAGAUAGCGACAGCGAGGAGGAAACGCCAAGCCAACAGCAUCAGGUCCUUAGUACAUCGUAUAACUUUGUAGACUACAUCCGCAGCAGAGAAUCAGACUUGCACGAUGAGCGAACGAUCGAUCCGACGUACGCCAGUCGUCACAUCCUGACGCACGACAUGUUCCGCGAAACACCAAUCUCCCUCGGCAACAUCAACAAGGUGUUCUGUUCGCAGUGGCUCAGCAACCGGCAGGUCGUGUUCGGUACCAAGUGCAAUAAGCUGUUGGUGUACGACGUGAACAUGCGGCGGGUGGAUGCGAUUCCGACGCUACCGAACAGCCACGGAGCGAGCCCCGACACACAGUCCGGUAUACACGCGUGCCAGAUCAAUCCGAGCCACAGUUUGCUUGCGACCGGUGCGAGGCAUUCGGCCGACAUCGCACUGUACCGGCUGCCAACGAUGGAUCCGCUCUGUAUCGGCGAAAAUGCACACCGUGACUGGGUGUUUGAUAUGUGCUGGUUGGACGAUCAGUUCCUGGUGUCAGGGUCGCGCGAUACCAAGCUAGCCCUGUGGCGUGUCAACGAGGAUCUGAUGGAGUUUCCCGAGGCAAAGGACGGCGAGGAAGAGCAGGACGUGCCAACGUAUGCGCACAUUUCGCCCGUUGCGGUGAAGGAUUGCCGUGGGGCGCAAAAGAUCCGUGCAAUUUGUUUCAACAAAGAGUAUCGGGAGCUAGCGCUGCUUUCCCUGAAUGGAUACAUGCAUCUUUUCAAUGCGGAAACGUUCUCACAAAAGCUUUCCCGGAAGCUACCCAACUGUCAGGAAAAUGUGUGCAUAGCCUGCCAACCGAACGGAUUGUACGCGGUUGGGUGUCGUUCGUACACGUUGCUGCUGGACCCUCGGACACUGCAGGCCGUGAAAAAGAUUGCAUCCCGGUACAGUGGUUACGGUAUACGGUCAGCCAGCUUCCAAGGAAACAUCCUCACCAUCGGUACCGGGAUGGGCAUGCUGAUGUUUUUCGACAUCCGAGCGGGCAAAUAUCUCGAAUCGUGCAUCAACUCUUCCCGCACGGUGGUACUGAAAGCUAGCAAAGGCUAUGUGGCCCAAUUUCCGGACGAAGAAAUGGAUGGAUUCCAACAAAACAAGUACUUGCCUGCUAUCUACACACACUGCUACGACAGCAGUGGUACGCGCCUGUUCACUGCUGGCGGACCGUUACCAGCCACGCUUAUAGGAAACUAUGCAGGUAUCUGGCAAUAA